AGUAGAUUUUCGACCAUUGUCGAGUCCUGAGCUCGCUUUUAGAAGAAAUCUUCAAUCGAGUCUUGGAGAAAAAAUAUGGAAAACAUUUAAAAGAGAAAAAUAUUGACGUGUUGUGUUAUAUUGAAGCCAACUAAACAAUGACAUCACCAUAUAAUUAUAACCAAUAUCGAUCGGCAUAUGAUAACCAAGCUCAUGAUAGAAACAGUCAAAUGUACUGGGAUGCUGUAUCGAUGACCAGUAGUGACCGAAAUUCUAUUGCCUUGUCAAUCUAUCAUUCCGUCCCUGAACUUCAUCAAGAAGAAGCCGCCGCAUCAAUGCACAGUCAAAGCAAUAGGAAUGAUAAGAAUUGGCAUGAACACAAAUCUGUUGAUUUCGUUCUCGCUUACAACCCCAAUGAGAGACAAAAAAUCAAGCGACAAAUCUUUGAGAAAAAUCUUUUAAGUGAAGGAUUAUUGUUGCAUCAUGAUGAAGCACAGAAUAUUCACUUUGUUAAAAUUCAUGUUACGCAUGAAGUUCUUUGUCGCUAUGCUGAAAUAUUAAAGUUCAAAUUUCCCAUAAAGUUGGAUGAGAAUGAAAGUGACUUUGCUUUAGAAGACGAGAUUGGUGAAGUAUCUCGGAGUAUAAAAUCGAUAUUCGACAGCAUUUACAAGUACAUUCGACUCGACAAGAGACUCUUUCCAUCACGAAAGUAUGAACUUUAUCAUGAGUUUUCGCGCGACAAAAGUUACCUGUUUGAUGUCAACGAUCCCGAUUUCUUUCCAUGCUACGUUCGACUAGCGGUUGUGAGUUUCAUUCUUGAACGCACAGCAUUUGCUGACAAUCCUGGUGACAAUCUAAAUUGUGUUGGAAUUGAUAAACUUCUUGCUGACAAAGUUUACAUGACUGCUUAUCCAUUGCAUGAUGGACAUCACAUGGAUAGAGGAACGCAACGAGCGCUUUUAUUCAACGAAUGGGCCAAGAUGAAGAAUUGGUUGAAACAUCAACCAUUGGAUGCAAUCAAAAAUUAUUUUGGUGUCAAAAUUGCUCUCUACUUCUCAUGGCUUGGAUUCUACACAAACAUGUUGAUCAUUCCGUCUAUACUUGGAUUGUUGUGCUUCAUUUAUGGUCUCUUUACCAUGUUCUCGAAUCCGGUUGUUGACAAAAUUUGUAAUGCAAAUGAUUCAGUCGUUCUCUGUCCGAAAUGUGACGGUUGUGACUACACCUUGUUAUCAGACACAUGCACAUAUAGUCGAAUCAAUCACAUUCUUGAUAACAACGUGUCGGUGUUUUUUGCUGUGUGCAUGGCAAUUUGGGCGGCGAUUUAUCUUGAACUUUGGAAAAGAUAUUCAGCGAAAAUUGUACAUCGAUGGGGAAUGUCAGAUUAUUGUCGACAAUCAGAACAUCCACGACCGGCUUAUUUAGCGAGAAUCAAACAUAAGAAGAAAGUCAAGAAUCGAAUAAAUCCUGUGACGAGACAAACGGAACCGACACUGAGCUUUAGUAAAAAGUUACCAAGUUAUUUAUUGAGCUACUCGAUUAUUCUGCUAUACAUUUGUAUCAGCAUAGCCGUUGUCGUCGCACUUAUAAUCUAUCGAAUGGCAACAAUGGGAUCAAAGAAAGUCACAGCGAUUGUCGAUCACAUCGAUCCAGUGUCUUAUCGAUAUUUAAUCAUUCUUCCUGUCACAACAGGAAUCAUAAAUUUAAUUGCAAUUACAAUCCUUAAUUACCUCUACGAUUAUCUUGCCGUCAUUUUGACUAAUCUUGAAUACCGUCGAACACAAACCGAAUACGACAACAGUUUGUCUUUGAAGAUUUACUUGUUCCAAUUCAUCAAUUAUUAUUCAUCACUUUUCUACAUCGCAUUUAUCAAAGGUAAAUGGCCGGGAACGCCAGCAAAAUAUAAUCGAGUGUUUGGACUUCGACAGGAAGAAUGUUCACCAGGCGGUUGUUUGAUGGAACUUUUCAUCCAACUUGCGAUUAUAAUGAUUGGUAAACAAGCACUUAAUGCACUCAUCGAGAUGGCUUUACCUUUGAUGAUGAAGAAGUACAACAAAUUUAUGUUUGGCUAUCGACAAAAGGAUGAAGAAGAAGCUGAAUUGAAAGCUUGCAAUCAAUGGACAAAAGAUUUUAAACUCAUGGAAUGGGAUUCAAUGGGAUUGUUUCACGAGUAUCUUGAAAUGAUUCUUCAAUUCGGUUUUUGCACAUUAUUUGUCAUUGCAUUUCCACUUGGACCAUUCUUUGCUCUUGUCAACAACAUUUUUGAAUUACGACUUGAUGCAAGAAAGUUUUUAAUGUAUUUUCGACGUCCGGUACCGAGAAGAGUCUCAGACAUUGGCAUAUGGUUGGGUGUGAUGAAUGUUUUGGGUCGCUUAAGUGUCAUCACAACUGCAUUCAUUAUUGCAUUCUCAUCGGGAUUUAUUCCACGAUUAGUUCAUCACUUUUCGGAAGAUUUGAAUAAAUUAGAUUAUCUUGAAUUCACGUUGGCUUACUUCGACACGAGUCACUUUGAGGAGAAGAAAGGUGAUGAGAAAUACAGCGUUUGUCGUUAUCCUGAGUUUAGGAAUCCGCCUGAUCAUCCAAAUCCUUACAAGAGACCGUUUUACUAUUGGAAGAUUCUUGCAGCUAGACUGGCAUUUAUUAUCGUCUUCCAAAAUAUCGUCGCAUGGUUGCAGCAAAUUAUUGACUGGGCCAUUCCCGAUAAGCCAACAAAGCUCAACAGCCAAAUCAAGCGUGAAAAUUAUUUAGUCAGCAACAAAAUCAUUCGUGAAGAGAAGUUCAGAAUUCUUCAAAGUGCAAGAGCAAAAGCUGAAGAUAUUGACUAUGUCAAUGGUGCUGUUUACUUUGAAGCAAAAAGUUAAAUUAACUAAACUUUCUUAUCGUCGUCUUUUCGUGCAAUCAAUCAUCUUAAAUUUUAAAUGCUUUAAUAUUCUCUGAGAUAAUUUUGUUUUGCUAACAAAAUAAUAAUUUUUAGAUAAAUUUUAAAAGUUUUCUUCUAUUUUUCUUCCCAUUUGGAUGUUGAAAGUCGUCCAUAAGUAAAUUGUAACUGUAACCGAAUAAAAUAAAUUAUUUGAGCAAUAAAAAGUAAUUUUUUGAUUCAUACA